AUGUCACUCACAAGGUCAGCUCGCUCUGCGCAGUCUCUGCUGCGGACCGCGCAACGAGCUUCUACUCAGUCCACGACCUCAUCCUUCCUUCCUCGGUCGUACGCUACCCUCUCGUCCGACAUCUUUAAGCCUACAAAGUACGGAGGAAAAUACACUGUCACCUUGAUCCCAGGUGAUGGUAUCGGUACUGAGGUCGCCGAAGCCGUCAAAACGAUAUUCAAGGCCGAUAACGUUCCCAUUGAGUGGGAGCAAGUCGAUGUUUCCGGUGUUGAUACGGGCAACAAGCACUCUGAAGAGCUCUUCCGAGAGUCGAUAGCCUCUCUCAAGCGCAACAAGCUCGGUCUGAAAGGUAUUCUGCACACUCCCAUCGAGAGGUCCGGUCACCAGUCGUUCAACGUCGCCCUGCGACAAGAGCUUGAUAUCUACGCUUCCGUCAUCCUCGUCAAGAAUAUCCCCGGCCUCAACACGCGACACAAGGAUGUCGAUCUGUGCAUCAUCCGUGAGAACACCGAAGGCGAGUACUCUGGACUGGAGCACCAGUCAGUGAGCGGCGUUGUCGAGUCUCUCAAGAUCAUCACCCGGGCCAAGUCGGAACGCAUCGCCAAGUUUGCUUUCUCGUUCGCCUUGGCCAACAACCGCAAGAAGGUUACUUGCAUUCACAAGGCCAACAUCAUGAAGCUGGCCGAUGGGCUGUUCCGCAACACUGUCAAGGCGGUCGGCGAGGACUAUCCCACUUUGGAGGUCAACGACAUGAUCGUUGACAAUGCCUCCAUGCAGUGCGUUUCCCGGCCGCAGCAAUUCGAUGUCAUGGUCAUGCCAAAUCUUUACGGUGGUAUUUUGACCAACAUCGCUGCAGCGUUGGUCGGCGGUCCUGGUGUAGUGCCAGGUUGCAACAUGGGUCGCGAUGUCGCCGUCUUCGAGCCCGGCUGCCGUCACGUGGGUCUUGACAUCAAGGGCAAGGACCAGGCCAACCCCACGGCCCUGCUGCUGUCCGGCACGAUGCUCCUCAGACACCUGGGUCUUGAUGACCAUGCGAACCGCAUAUCGCGAGCUGUAUAUGAGGUGAUUGGCUCCGGCAAGAGUUUGACGAGGGACAUGGGAGGCAAUGCCACCACUCACGAGUUCACUCGUUCCGUUCUGGAUAAGAUGGAGGCCGAUCUAUGA